AUGUAUUUAAAGACUCCUCCAAUAACGAGGUACGGUAUAUAUUUAAAGACUCCUCCAAUAAUGAGGUACGGUAUGUAUUCAAAUACUCCUCCAAUAAUAACGAGGUAUGGUAUGUAUUCAAAUACUACUCCAAUAACGAGGUACGGUAUAUAUUCAAAUACUCCUCCAAUAAUAACGAGGUACGGUAUGUAUUCAAAGUCUCCUCCAAUAAUAACGAGGUACGGUAUGUAUUCAAAGACUCCUCCAAUAAUAACGAGGUACGGUAUGUAUUCAAAUACUCCUCCAAUAACGAGGUACGGUAUGUAUAACGAGGUACGGUAUGUAUUUAAAGACUCCUCCAAUAACGAGGUAGGGUAUGUAUUCAAAUACUCCUCCAAUAAUAACGAGGUACGGUAUGUAUUUAAAGACUCCACCAAUAACGAGGUACGGUAUGUAUUCAAAUUCUCCUCCAAUAAUAACGAGGUACGAUAUGUAUUUAAAGACUCCUCCAAUAACGAGGUACGGUAUAUAUUUAAAGACUCCUCCAAUAAUGAGGUACGGUAUGUAUUCAAAUACUCCUCCAAUAAUAACGAGGUAUGGUAUGUAUUCAAAUACUACUCCAAUAACGAGGUACGGUAUAUAUUCAAAUACUCCUCCAAUAAUAACGAGGUACGGUAUGUAUUCAAAGACUCCUCCAAUAAUAACGAGGUACGGUAUGUAUUCAAAGACUCCUCCAAUAAUAACGAGGUACGGUAUGUAUUCAAAUACUCCUCCAAUAACGAGAUACGGUAUAUACUUAAAGACUCCUCCAAUAACGAGGUACGGUAUGUAUUCAAAUACUCCUCCAAUAAUAACGAGGUACGGUAUGUAUUCAAAUACUCCUCCAAUAACGAGAUACGGUAUAUACUUAAAGACUCCUCCAAUAACGAGGUACGGUAUGUAUUCAAAUACUCCUCCAAUAACGAGGUACGGUAUGUAUUCAAAUACUCCUCCAAUAAUAACGAGGUAUGGUAUGUAUUUAAAGACUCCUCCAAUAACGAGGUACGGUAUGUAUUCAAAUACUCCUCCAAUGAUAACGAGGUACGGUAUGUAUUCAAAGACUCCUCCAAUAAUAACGAGGUACGGUAUGUAUUCAAAUACUCCUCCAAUAACGAGGUACGGUAUGUAUUUAAAGACUCCUCCAAUAACGAGGUACGGUAUGUAUUCAAAUACUCCUCCAAUAACGAGGUACGGUAUGUAUUCAAAUACUCCUCCAAUAACGAGGUACGGUAUGUAUAA